CAAUAAAUACACGUGUGUCUGUUCCAGCCACCAUCAGUCCUACUGUUCACCUCAGACGGGAUCUUCUAAAACCAUGCUUCGCUUCAGACUCUGCACCACACUGUUGCGGGCAGCAAUAUAUUUCGUCAUGACAGCAGUUGUUUCCGCAGAGAGAGUUAUCACCUGUGCCGACGUCCAAAAUGUCCAGCGCCUGAGCUGUGAUAUGGGAGUGAUCAAUGUGGAGGCAGCAAUGUACGGACGUGCAAACAGCGAGACCUGCAGUGAGGGCAGAUCUGUAGAACAGCUUGCCAACACGGAGUGCUCUCAAAAUGGCACAGUGGAAAUCCUCAAGAGAAGGUGUAACGGCAGGAGGGUGUGUGAAUUUAACACAAAUGUUGUUCGUACCUCCGAUCCCUGCCAUGGCAUCUACAAAUAUCUGGAAACCAACUACACCUGUUUCCCAGCAAUUCAUCUUGUUACAUGCGAGCACUCUUUGGCACAUUUGUAUUGUGAUGAUGGUCAGGUCAUAUUUGUCUACGGUGCUAACUACGGACGUCGUGACGAGACCACUUGCUCUUACAAAAAGACUGCCUCUGAGACUGAAAAUGUCUACUGCUCAGAUCCCACUAGCAAAGUUGCUGAGAGCUGUAAUGGGAAAAACAGCUGUACUAUCAGCGUAAGCAGCUCAGAGUUUGGAGACCCCUGUGUCGGCACCUACAAGUACCUUGAGGUGGCUUACGUAUGUGAAUAUCCUGGCCUCAGUCCAGAGCAGUACUGAAGUUUCAGUCAUCACAAUAAACAUGCUAUGAAUUAAAUACA